AUGGCUGAAGCUCUGGGGAGAUCGAUUUAUAGGGCUAGGGAGAAUAGUCAGGUAUCGGGUAUUAGAAUCACUAGCAACCUUGACUCUUUAACACAUCAGCAAUUUGUGGAUGACACUAUGCUAUAUGGGCUUAGCAAUCUAGGUGAGGCUCGGGCUUUUAAGCAAAUCUUGGACUCUUACUCAAUGGCUUCACGUCAGGAAAUCAAUCCAGCUAAAUCGGAAGUCUUCUUUUUUAACACUAAGUUAAGUAUACAAAAAGAAAUUUGUGGUAUUCUGAAUUUCAAUCUAGCAAACCUUCCCUGUAAGUACCUGGGCUUGCCUUCGGAUAAGGGUUCUGGGUCAUCUAAUAUGUGGGAUGGAGUUGUAGAAAAGAUUAAAAGUAGGGUAGCAAUCUUGAAGGGUAAGUGGCUAUCCUUUGCAGGCAAAGCUACUCUGGUCAAAUCGGUUCUGGUUGUUGUGCCUAUCUACCAGCUUUCAUGUUUCAACCUGCCCCAGUCCAAGAAGGAAAUACUAAACAGACAUCUAAGAUCUUUCUUUUGGCAAGGGGCGGAAGAGAAGAAACGUAUCUCCCUAAUGGCUUGGGACAAGAUUUGUAGGCCUAAAUCGGCAAGAGGUAUUGGGAUUAAGGACAUUAAGGUCUAG